AUGUCAAAUAUUGAUCUCUAUGAUAUUGGUUCUUAUGAUCCUAAAAGUUCUGAUCAUGAUAGCACUAAUGCCUCAACAUCUCAAACAUCUAACAUAGUAUAUAAUGAGUGUUCACAAGAAUAUAGUAUAAAAACAUCAACAGGGGUUUUAGCUAAACAUUUAAAUAAAAAACAUAAUCGUAAUAUUACUUUGAAACCAAGAAGAUUUUUAGUUCAAAAACCUUAUAGUAAAGAUGAUAAUACAUGUAUAGAAGAAUGUAAAAGUUCCAUAUUAGAUUUCUUUGUUGGUGAUCAAAUUCCAUUCAAUACUGCAGAAAGCAGGUGGUUUCGUAAGAUGACAAGUACACUUGAUCUAAGGUAUUAA